UUAAAUUGAGCACGUUGCUGUGUCAGACUCACUGGACAUUACUGGAUAGCAAAGUUACUUCACUCAGUUGGUGGCUAACGAUAGCUAAAACUCAUAUAAAACAAAUUGAAUCUCGGCGUGUAAUGUACAUGAGUCGUGUACAACGCCGUAUUUUUUAACGUCUGGAAUCGUAUACGGUAAAUAACGAAACGCACGUAUACACCAGAAAACAUCUUCUCUUGACAGUGAAAAAUACCUGGGUGCAUUCUGGUGUACAACUAGCAGUAGGCGCCAAGUCUCACUCGGCAACGUAGCUUGAGAGAACUGAGGAGCACUCAUCCUCCGUCGAUGACAACAUGGAGUAAACAUGGCCCACAAGAGCAUUUUUAUUGAAGCUCUAGAUAGAUCAGAGGCCAAGAGAGAUGGAGGUUACAGACAGAGCUGGAGCUUCUCUCUCUCUGGCGACUGUGAGGAGCAGAGGAGGCACGACUUUCCUAUGAGCAUGGAUGAAGUAGUAGGAGGACCGCAGGAGCUCUCCCCCGAGGGGCUGAAGUCUCCCCCACUGAGGCAUUACCCCUCCCUGGACCCCCAGAGGGUUUACGACAGGAGGCCAAACCACCCCAAUCAUUUUAGGACUUUAAACAAAAUGGGAACCAAUAGAAUGCUCAGUGACAGUCCUCACCAGGUAGCAGCGUCGCAACAGAUGCCCAACAGAACCAAUUACUUCAUCCUCAGCCCCUCGCCCUCGCAGGGUUUGGUCAUGCAGGGGAGAACGUUCCAGCACGCGCAUGGCCCCUCACCCUUACGGAAACCCGCCCAAAGCAAUUUUGACUUGAAAGAAAGAAAUGACUUCAGCACUCAGUCGAUCCAAAGAGUAGACAUCGAGAGCAUUACACUCACCUGCCCAGACACCUCAGAUGUCGAUGACUGUCAGAUUAAGAGGCGUUUUACACAGAAGCGGAGGCCUUUACACGACCUCAUGGGCACUUUCUCCUCCCCCGCACAGACUGUAGAGCCCCAGCCCCAUCCUCUCCUCCAGCCCCACGAGUAUUUCUCGGUGUGCGGGAAGUGCAACCAGCCCAGCGAGGACCACACCAAGUGCCAGAACUGUGGCAGCGCCCUCCCAGCGGAGACCUUCUCCUCCCCCACCAUCAUCCCUCAACACCACCACCACCAACAACAGCAGCACCACCACCACCAACAACAGCAGCAGCAGCUCCACCACCUCCAACCGCACCAACCGCAGCACCACCUGCCCCAUCACCCUGCCCAACAUCAUCUUCCCCAUCACCAACCGCAGCAUCAGCAACUGCAGCAUCCACAUCCGCAUCCACAGCAGCAUCCGCAUCCACAGCAGCAUCCGCAUCCACAUCCACAGCAGCAGCAUCAGCAGCAUCAUCCACAGCAACAGCAACAGCAGCAAUUGCACCAUUACCAGCCACAAAUCCACCACGCGUCCCAGCUCACCCCGACCCCGACCCCCACCCCGUCCCCAUUUUCCAGGACCCCCAUCCGCCCCAGCCCCCACCCCACCCACAGCCUCAACCACAACAGCAGUCACAUCAUCAAUAACAUCAUGGUCAACAACUCCCCGUCCCCCAGCAGCAGCUCCCUCAACUCCUCCUUCAACUCCCAGCAGUCGUCCCCGUCUGCUCUCUCCAGCGGCUCCCCGCUGGCCACCAAGAGCUUCUACGGUGCUGCGGCCGCCGGCGGCCUGCACUCGCCCCGCCUGGACCUGCACUCGCCCCGCCUGGACCUGCACUCACCCCGCGUGGACCUGCACUCGCCCCGCGUGGAGGUGGCCAACAUGAAUCCUCCCGCCCGCACCACCACCACCACCACCACCACCCGCACCAACCUGCUCGUACCGCACAACGGCGGCACCGGUGGUGGUGGUGGCGGAGGUGGUGGUGGUGGUGGUGGUGGGGGUAGUGGUGGUGGUCGGGCGUCUUCUUCAUGUGCGGUCCUGGCGGGAAGCCCGGCGGCCUCCACGUCCUCUUACGUGGCCAAAAUCUCGAACUGUAAGAAGCACUUGCUCGGCAAGCCUCAAAUCAACGACCCCAUUGUUGUGUUGUCCAGCGACGACGAGGAGGAGGCGGCGGAUAACGCCAGUACGGGCAGCGUGAACCGGCUGGACAGCGUGUCGCCGCGGCCGGCCGACUCGGCCCACUCCUCGCCAGCGCCCUCCGGUGGGAAGGUGGAGGCGGCCGUGAAGGGCCCGGCCGAGCAGCAGGACGAGACGGGCGGCGACUACUUCACUGAGAUCACAGACUCACGACUAAAGGCGCCGAGGAAGCCACGCACGAAAGAUAAGCAUGGAAAUCCAUUGUGUGAGGAUCACUCCACUCCCAAGAGGCGCAAGGUGACUCCCCCCAAACCCCCAAAACUAGAGAGCAUCAUCCUGGAGUGUCGCAGUGUCCGAAUAGGCACCUUACGGCGGAUGGUCACCAAACCAGUCAUCUUCUCAUCAGAAUUCAUCCAGCUUGAAACUGAAACAGACCGUAACGUGGACACGCUGGAGAAGGUGCGUCUGCGUGCCUCUGAGCUGACGAGCUGCGAGUGGUGUAACGUGAGGAAGCUGCCCGUGCUGUUCUUCCAGACCAGCGCCGCAGAGUGCGAACGCCUCCGGCAGCAGCUGCACAUGAGCCAGGAGAGCGGAGGCCUGUGGUACGACUGCAGUGGCAAGGAUCUGGACGAGAAGUACAUCGUGCUGAUCUUCGAGAACGGGCUGUCCAUGAAUGAGCAGAUGAUCCUGGAGGAGAUCCUGGUGGACAUCGGCCGGACCAACAACCUCCCCGACUUCCCGUCGAAGCUCACCUUCACCGAGGCCAACGUCAGGCUCGUGCAAUACAACAAGGCAGCCAAGGAGAAGGAGAAAGUCAAGGUGCAGGUGCAGGAGAAUGCCCAAAAGGCGGCAACUGCAACGACGACUGCAACGGCAACAGCAAACUCCCCGGCACCGACCACCGCAGUUACGACUAACUCAAGCCCGGCCUCUACAACCACGGCUGCCGCCGCCUCCUCUUCCUCCUCCUCCUCCUCCUCUUCUUCCUCACCCACCACUACCACCACCACCUCCACAACCACCACCACCGCCGCUGCUGCUGCUGCUGUUGCUCCUGCUGCUCCUGCUGCUGCCUCCUCCCCCAACACCUCCACCACCUCCAGCCCCGCGACUCCCCAGCCCGCCCCCCCACCCCCGGCCAGGACGCGCAUGUCCACCCGCCUCCACUCCUGCUUCGAGGACGAGGAUGACGAUGAAAUGGAUCUACAGCCUACCUUCACCGGUCCUGUAGUAAAGCUCAUGGUGUACCCCCCUCCCCCGGCCAAGGGAGGAAUAUCCGUGACCAACGAAGACCUUCACUGCCUCAACGACGGAGAAUUCCUCAACGAUGUCAUCAUCGACUUUUAUUUAAAGUAUUUGUUUCUAGAGCGAUUGAAAAAGGAGGAUGCAGGCAGAAGCCAUGUCUUCAGCUCCUUCUUCUACAAGCGUCUGAAUCAGCGCGAGAGGAGAAAUGCGACGGACGCGGAAAAACUCCCCAUCCAGAAGAGAAAGCACAACCGGGUGAAGACCUGGACUCGCCACGUCGACCUUUUCCAGAAGGACUUCAUUUUCGUCCCCAUCAAUGAGUCAGCUCAUUGGUACCUGGCGGUCAUCUGCUUCCCCGGUCUGGAGGGCCCCAAGCUGGAGCCCAACCCGCUCUACCAGCCCCCGUCCCAGAUGCAGGCCGGCUGCUCCCGGGCCAGUCCCGCCGUGCUCGACCAUCGGGGAGACCCCGCCCCGCUAGCGUCGUCGGCCCCCGGAUCCUCCGCCUCCACCUCCGGUUGCGGUUCGUCCACAGGCCACCCCUCUCCGCCCCCCAGCACGGCUCCCGUGGCCUGCCCAGCCGGACCCACUGCAUCCAGCCAGCAGCUCCAGGCCGGCCAGCCUGCGAGCUCCCUCCUGCCACAGGACGGCGUAGGAGUUGGCCACGGCAUGAACGGCCAGCCCAAGGCCCCACAGGCACCACACUACUCAGAUGGUUUGCGCAGGAUCAGCGUAUGUUACGGAUCAGGGAGCAGCCAUGAUGACACUUUUGUCUUUUCUGAUGAGAGAAGCUUAAGUCCGGAUGAGUGUAGUGAGGACGGGGCGUUGGCCGACGAGCCACCCAACUCGGAGGGCAUGGAGUGGACCUCAAAGCCCACCCUAUGCAAACAGCCGUGUAUCCUCAUCAUGGACUCUUUACGAGGACCAGCCAGAUCUACAGUCGUAAAAACGCUGAGAGAAUACCUGGAGGUGGAGUGGGAGGUGCGUAAGGGCACCCAGCGGAGCUUCGGCAAGGAUGUCAUGAAGGGCUCGAGUCCAAAGGUGCCUCAGCAGGACAACUUCAGCGACUGUGGCGUCUACGUCCUGCAGUAUGUGGAGAGCUUCUUCGAGAACCCACUCCCCAGCUUCCACCUGCCCAUGAACCUGUCGGAGUGGUUCGCUCAGGAGCGCAUGAAGCGUAAGCGGGACGAGAUAAAAGAGCUGAUCCUGAAGCUGCAGGCCAAGCAGCAGGCGGAGGGCAUCUCUCCGGGCCUCGGGGACGAGGACGUGGACGGGGAAGACGGUGACGGACUGGACGUACAGGACAUCCCCGUCACCUCCUGAGGGGGGGAGGAAGAGGGGGUCUACUGCUCUGAUUGUCCUCUGGUGUUACCACCCGCUUGUGUGCUCCCGCAUCGAGACUCUUUAUCAUGCACAUUGGGGUUCUGUCUGGGGCAACCUCCACACCUCUCCAUCUCCCUUCCCGACCCACUCCAGGCCCAUCCUGCCCCUUCCCCCCCCCCAUGGAAUGGAUGGAUGAGGGGAGGGAGAGAAGGAAGGAAGGGGAUGGAAAGGGAAAGGGGUUGCUGGUUUCUGAAGUCUACAGACCUUUCAUCUCCACUUGCCCUUCCCAUCUGUGAUUGUAGACUGCUGGAUAAGUUCUCCUUUCAAAACCUGUAACGAAAACGAAAAAAAAAAAAAAAAAAGUAAAGAGAGAGAAAAAAAUCAAACCGUUAAACAAAACACAUCUCUUUCCCUCCCUUCCAUUACAUUAACCACAACUGUCAGACUUCAAAGACGACAACAAAAAGAGAGAGAGAAAGAAAGAAAAAAAGACAAACAUUUUUAAUUUGUAUUGAAUAAAAUUAAUAAAAGUGUACAUACUGUGA